AAAAUGUCUUGCACAUAUCAUAUUCAAAAUCCAAUAACCGCUAUAUGUAUCGCUUCUCACAAGUGUUAAUGCUAAAGGAAACUUUGUAUAGAAUGCGCUUAUAACCAUGAAGUGGAUUUCAAGCAAAUAGUUCCGAUUAAAUUAUUUCAAGAGAUGGUGGUCAAGAAAUAAAAAGAAUCCGAGACUUAUGAGGCAUUAGAUCUUACGAAAUAGGGAAUGAAUUUAAAAUCAGUGAUUUCUUAAACUGAGAUAACCAUGAAGAAAAUUUGGGAGGAUUUAUAGGUAUCAAUCAAAUAAAUUUACGAUUUGAUUGAGCUUUAAGAGAAAACAUAUAUGGAAAUCAUUAACAACAGUACUAAUCCAGUUGAAUUGUCAAAUACUGACUUAGAGACACUAGUAUAAAUACUCGUCGGAGGCAAAUUAAAUUUCUGGAAUCUUUAAAAAAACUUUAAUUUGAGAAAGGUAGAAAAGGUAAAGAAUUUGUUGGGUCAAGAAAUAUGGGCUCUAAAUGAAAAAAUAAAAAAAGAAAUGAUUUUAUCAUUAGAAUUUGUUAUUGAAAAAUAAGCCUUCAUUGAAAGUAUAAAACCAAAAUUAUUAAAAGAUGAUUUUUGGAUUCGAUUAUUCUUUAUUUUAUAAGAAAAAUCAAAAAAAACAAUAAAAGAAUCGCAAUUAAUUUAUAAUGGAAGCAGAGAUGGAUUAAAUGCUAAUUCAUUUUGGAAUAAAUGUGACGAAAAAAGUAAUUUACUUAUGAUAUUUAAAUCUUAGAGUGAAUAUACCUUUGGUGGAUAUUCUCCAUGUAAAUGGGAAAAUAAGUGUGCUAUUUAAGAUGACACUUUAUCAUCAUUUUUAUUCUCAUAAACACAUGAUAAAAUUUACCCUUUGCAAUAAGAUAAAAAAUAAUAUGCUAUUUGGGGUUGCAAUUCUUAUGGGCCUAUAUUUGGUUAUAAUUAUGAUAUAUGCAUAAAUCAUGAUUUUACAGGUUCUUCUACUUUAGGUACUGUAUAUUAAUGUGAUAAAUAUGUGAAUAACUAAACAAGCUAUUUAUUUGGAUAAGGUCAACCAAAAAUUGUCGAAUGUGAAAUAUUUGAGUUAAAAUUUAUAUGA